AUGUCUGUUCCUCCGGAGAUCAUCAAGAAAAUUGAGGACGGCUACCAGACUCUUCAGAAUGCAAAAGACUGCCACUCUUUGCUGAAGAAAUACCUGACAAAGGAAGUUGUCGACCAACUCAAGGACAAGAAAACCAAGUUGGGAGCCACACUGUGGGACGUCAUUCAGUCUGGAGUUGCCAACUUGGAUUCUGGUGUUGGUGUCUAUGCUCCUGAUGCUGAGGCCUACACCCUGUUCAAGCCACUUUUUGAUCCCCUGAUCCAAGACUACCACAAUGGAUUCUCCCCCAGCCAGAAGCAACCAGCCACUGAUCUCGGAGAGGGAAAGACCGCUCAACUCGUCGACCUUGAUCCCGAGGGAAAAUACAUCAACUCUACUCGUGUCAGAUGUGGCCGUUCGCUUCAGGGAUAUCCAUUCAACCCUUGCCUUACCGAGGCCAACUAUCUUGAGAUGGAAGCAAAAGUGAAGAAGAUCUUCGAGAACAUCUCUGACCCAGAACUUCAAGGCACUUACUAUCCUCUUGAUGGUAUGACAAAGGAAGUCCAGAACCAACUCAUCAAGGAUCACUUCCUCUUCAAAGAGGGUGACAGAUUCCUCCAAGCAGCCAAUGCUUGCCGCUACUGGCCCAAGGGACGUGGAAUCUUCCACAACAAGAACAAGACAUUCCUCGUCUGGGCUAAUGAGGAGGAUCACCUUCGCAUCAUUUCCAUGCAGAAUGGUGGAAACGUUGGCCAGGUAUUGGAACGCUUGAUCAAGGGAGUGAAGAUCAUCCAGGCUCAGGCUCCAUUCUCCCGUGACGAUCGUCUCGGCUGGCUCACCUUCUGCCCAUCCAACCUAGGAACCACAGUCCGUGCAUCUGUACACAUUCGUUUGCCGAAGAUCUCUGCUAAGCCCGACUUCAAGAAGAUCUGUGAUGACCUCAAGCUCCAGAUUCGUGGUAUUCACGGUGAACAUUCCGAUUCUGAAGGUGGAGUUUAUGACAUUUCAAACAAAGCCCGUCUUGGUCUGACAGAAUUCGAAGCAGUCAAGCAGAUGUACGACGGAGUGAAGCACCUCAUUGAACUGGAGAAGAAGGCUUGA